AUGGAUUCCAAACAGCACCAGAGUUCUUCCAGCAAUACUCAUAAGACCCCCUCCAAGAAUGGUACGUCUCUUGACCGCAAGCGCGCCAUCUAUGCUCAUUACUUUGUAGACAUUCUAGAGUCAACUCAACCCCAUCGCCAGCCACGGCGGACAUUCAAGCUCUACGAAUUCCACCAUGCCUUCGGCUGCGACGCGCAUCACUUCAUCUUCAUAGAGCGCGAACCAAACUCGGAAGCCCUCGCCACCUUCGAGGAGAACCUCGGUGCAAAUAUCGGCGUGGGCCACGAUUACAUUCAUCCCUUCUCACGCAUCUUCACCGAAACGGACCUCAAGAACAUCCAAGCAUCGUGCCUGGAGAUCCUUGCGGGCUUUGAGUUUACCGCCGACCAUGUGACCUAUAGAGUCAUCCUGGGGCCGAUCGAGGUCAAAUCAUGCGGUGAAGAGGAAGGGCAUAUAUGGUUUGACGAAACCUUCACCGACAAGUAUCCUCAUUGGGACACGGGGUUCAACAUUGACAGCAGCCAGAUACUUGAUCUAGAGAAAGACAUGUUUGUAUAG